UAAAGCAAUCAUAGAGUUAUGUUUUGGGGUUUUGUCAGUCAAAAUUCGUAUGAUUUGAAGAAAAGAAGCGGGGAGUAACAUGAAUGAUCCAGCCCAAGAAGAGUACGACUGUGAUUCGCGUUACGAACGACAGCGUGAAUUGGACAAACGGCGAAUUCUUUUCUGGGCAGGACGUCUUCAACUAAUGCCUCAAGAGGUGGAACAAAUGUCGCAGAAGGAGCUCAACCAACGGCUGGAAAUCAUCAAAAGGGAGGAGGAAGAUAUUGAUCACCGAAAGGCUGAAUUUGAACGUUGGAAAAAGCUACACCAAUUACGAUAUCUUAUGUACCAAGAGCAGAAAAGGUACAACGAGCGUUACGGACCCGGAGGAGCCUCCAUCUGGACAAUCCUAGCAAUGGCUCAACAGGAGUUGGAGAAGAAACUCCAAAUAGACCGGAUGCGAGGCAGUUGUCUACGAUUUCCCUCGCCCAUGAGUCUUAUGGAGGAGCAACGAGAGUGUGGCGGAAGGCAACAGUUGCUAGAACCCCUGAGAUCAAUCCUACGUGGUUAUAAUACAGAGAGUGAAGAGGAAUCCGAUUCAGACGGAGAUUUGGAACUCAAAAAGGUCACUCGGUAUUUACCUACUAGGUGGCCAAAGCAAAAAGGUCAUAAAAAUGUGCAACCUUUGGCUUCCGCAACAGAGAGAUCCUCACAGACCCAUUUUCUCCGUGAAGAACCUCCUAAUAAAUGCAUUCUACCCAAUGGCAAAUUAGUUCUCAAUCCAAAAAGUGAAGAUUCCUUGCAGAGCUUUCGCGAACCUUCGAUUCUGGGCUUCUGUCAUCUUUGCGCCGAAAGACACCUGCGAUUGCCACCUCGCUUCUGACCAGGGUUAAAUAAAUGAAAAGGCCAAGACCAGUAUUAAACCC